CCCAUUCCCACUUCUACCCCAGGACGACUCUCGACUCCAACGUCGCCCUCAAUUCCACCUCGACUCUUUAUACUUUUCGCUCCUCUAAGAUACCCUCUUGGAGUUGACGCUACGUACGACUUACCUACCUACGAACGUCUCCCCCCUCCUUCGCCCACCAGCCGCAAAAAUGUCCCACCCAAGGAUAGAAGAAGUCUCGGACAGCGACUUUGACUCUGACCCAGCCGAGGGCGACAUUGAUGACUUUGCCGACUCGGAUAUCAUGCGCCGCGUCGAACCCAAGUCCUCCACAACGACAUCAUCCGUUCCUCAACAAGCACCCGCAGCAGCCAGCCAGCAGAUGCCGCACAUCGUCCCCGCUGGAGCACCCAUGGGCAGCACCCUCCCAGCAAACACAGAUCGCUCCGCCUACGCCGAGUUCCAGUGCGUUUACCCCGUCUACUUUGACGCCUCGCGAUCCCGCGCCGAGGGUCGUCGUGUCAACGCCGACCUCGCUGUCAAGGACCCCCUCGCGCGCGAGAUCGCAAACGCCUGCUCGCGACUGCGCCUCCCGACCCUCUUCGAGCCCGAGAAGGUGCACCCCAAGGACUGGGCCAACCCUGGCCGCGUCAAGGUCGGACUCAAGAAGACACCCGGACACCCCGUGCAGAACAAGCACCACCUGUACCGCCUCAUCGCCGAGCAUCUCAAGGAUAACCCCACCACCGAGGACAGCGCCGGUCUACGUGUCAGGAUUGGAGGUCAGCUGCAGCCAGAGCCUGGGAAGCCCUACCCCAAGCCUGCUGUGCCGCGAGGCUGGAAGAUGGGUGAGCUGCUGCCCUACCUGAGCCCUGCCAUGACGGGAGGUGGUGUGUCAGAGAACCUGUUCAAGGAUAUGAUGAAGGAGAUGCAAGGUGGUGGAGAUCCCAUGUCGGCUCUGAUGGGUGCGCAAGCGGGUGGUGACGAGAGCAGCAGUGGAGGCGGCAAGAAGAAGAAGGAUAAGAAGGGCAAAGGUCGAGCAUAGAGGGACUCUUACAAAGAUGUAGAGGGAAUGACACAUGAAUCAAGUUCUGGGAAAUGUUAAGAGAUACCAGGGAUGGGGCAUGACUACACAUUUUUUUAAAACGAGAAAAAGAUGAAGAAUGCUUCAGAAGUCCCCUAAUCAAAAGGGGAAUGAUGUUUUGAAAGAU